AUGUUGGAGGGGGAAGAACAGACCGCGAGUCGAUGUCAGGACCUCCAGACGUGUCGGGCGGAUGGAGGAGGGCGCUGCGCAAACGACGCUUGUAGCGUUUCAUACAAACGUUUCAGGAGGUGGAUCCACUUCCCCAGGAGCGGCAGCGAGGCGCCUGCUGUGAGUACACCUCUGACCACUGGGCGGCGCCAGAGGGAGCGGAGCUUCGAGUUUGACACCGUGUGUCAGAGGCUGGAGUUGGACUCUCCACCGGCACACCAUGAAGCAGCACGCAGAGGCCUACAGGGGGCGCUGCAAGAGACAACACUGGAAGGAGGUUUGUCCCACAGGUCGACCUUAAUACCUCUAAACACGUCACAUACCAUCAGUGCCAGAGGACGACCUGCAUCAAAAAAUGUCCCACAACAGGGAUGGAUGUGGAGAGCAGCAGUGGAAGAACCGGUCGGCACACAACAGAAUGGCGCUGAUGUGAGAAGAUGUAGUUUGCAGCCGUUCACAUUUCUGGACAAAGCUCCCGAGAGUCCUCAGGGACGGUCAGUGAUGAAGCUGGCAGCGCCGUCACUUCUGAACGACUACUACACUAAUGUUCUCGACUGCAGUUGUAACGGUACGGUUGCAUUAGCCCUGGGAUCUUCUGUUUUCCUCUGGAAUUCAGAAACCCUAGCUCUGGUGGGAAGUCUGGAGCCGAGUCCGCUAACGGGACGCAACCAGUCGGUCUCGUCUCUGUGCUGGAGCAGAGACGGCAGAGCUCUGUGCAUUGGGACCAGGCGAGGGGAGGUUGAGCUGUGGGAUGUUGAACAAAAGCAGAAUAUGAGGCGUCUGCCGUCACACCUUUCUGUGGUCGGAGCCCUUUCCUGGCAGCAGCAGUUACUCAGCAGCGGCUCAGUUCUCGGACACAUCCAUCACCUUGACCCUCGGGCUCCUGCUCCUCUGGUUGGUGCGGCUGUGCAGGACGAGGGGAUCUGCAGCCUCCAGUGGUCCCCGGGCGACGACUGGCUGGCCAGCGGCUCCACAGACGGCCUCCUCCAUAUAUGGGACCGGGACAUCGCAGGACCCACAAGGACAAAGCAGCCGGUGACAACAAUGAAACAGCCCAGUGCUGUUAAGGCGAUGGGAUGGUGUCCAUGGCAAGAGAAGAUCAUCGCUACAGGUGGAGGAUGGAAAGACGGAGAGCUGAGAAUCUGGGACACACAAUCGGGGACGUGUGUGAAUUCUGCCAACACCAACUCGCAGAUCUGUUCUCUACGAUGGGCUGAAAAGAAGAGGUGUCUGGUCACAGGUCACGGCCUUCCUCAUCACCAAGUCACCUGCUGGAGCUGGGGGUCCGCCUCCCUCCAGCCGGUCUGUACGCUCACCGGUCAUUCUCGUCGAGUUCUGCACUUGGCCUCAAACCCCGACAGUUCUCAGAUUUUCUCUGCUGCAGCCGACCAGUGUUUCCGCAUCUGGGACCUUUAA